AUGGCUACUGACCCUGAUAGUGUGGGGGUUAUGCAGACCGAGCAAAGGAACCAAGAUGAGCCGACGAAAGACUCUGGCUCAAUUGGGCCAGGGGAUGUUAUUUCACUUGACCAAGUAGAUCUGGCCCUCGCUGCCAAAAUGAAUCUUGUCAAUGACACAAUCGAUCGAAUCGGGUUCACGCGGUACCACGUAAAAUUGUUUUUUCUCAAUGGAUUUGGUUACGGAGUCGAUUCCUUAUUGUUGUUCCUAAUGAGUAUUUCGGCCGAACAAGUCGUCGCUCAAUACCCUCCAAAAUUUACAAGGGGUGCACAGCUCGGCUUCUACUUGGCCUUGUUGGUGGGGGCUCUAUUCUGGGGUAGUACUGCAGAUGUCAUCGGGCGGAAAUGGGCGUUCAACUUCUCCCUGCUGAUCAGUGCAAUCUUCGCGAUAACUGCUGGGGCUGCCCCCAAUUACACGGCAUGGGCAGCUUUUGUUGCACUCUCAGCAUUUGGAUCCGGUGGAAACCUGGUCCUUGACACAACGGUUUUCGUGGAGUAUCUACCUUCCAACAAGCAAUGGCUUCUCACUCUCUUAGCUGGAUGGUGGGGUGUAGGGCAAACGGUAGCUGGCCUUGUGGCAUGGGGAUUCAUGGCAAACUACAGUUGCCCUUCGGAUGAAUCUGUUCCUUGUACCAACUCAAAUAACAUGGGCUGGCGAUAUCUUUUCUAUACCUGUGGAGCUCUUGUAUUCAUACUGAGCAUUGCUCGUGUUCUGGUAAUCAGAUUCCACGAGACACCGAAGUUUCUUUUAUGUCAAGGCCAUGACGAGGCGGUUGUCAAAACCCUUCAAGUUCUUGCACAGAAACAUAAUCGAGUAUGCAGUCUAACCCUUGACCAGCUGCAAAGCUGCGGUCAAAUUAAUACUGCUCAUGCAAAGAGCAAAGCUUCAUUCUCUGAGGUGGUACUCCAUAUUCGAGGGUUGUUUGUGACUCGGAAAAUGGCGCUCUCUACGUCCUUAGUAUGGAUUUCCUGGGCUUUAAUCGGACUCGGAUAUGCAUUGUACUAUGUUUACUUACCUGAGUACCUAGCAUCUCGGGAUGCAUCCGCGGGCGAGUCAUCUCAAAAUGUGACCUGGAGGAAUUAUGCCAUUACCAACUUGUGUGCAAUUCCCGGCCCCAUAAUCGCAGCCGGGAUGUGCGAAAUGCCUAUCUUUGGAAGGAAACGGACAAUGGGAUUUGGUGCCUUUGCUACAAGUAAGAUAGGAUAUGCUUCAGAUGCGUCAGAUGGUCUAACUUCAUAUAUAGUGGCCUUUUUCUUCGGUUACACAUCUGUGCGCACAGGUGCAGAAAAUCUAGGAUUUUCAUGUGCGAUUUCAGUUACCAUCAACAUAUACUAUGCAACGUUGUACGCUUAUACGGUCGAGAUUCUACCCUCGGCCCAUCGGGGAACUGGUAAUGGUAUAGCCGUUGCAUUGAAUCGACUGAUGGGAAUGGUAUCAGCUCUGAUCGGAGCUUUCACCUCGACCUCUAGUUCAAUUCCUAUUUAUGUAUGCGCUGCACUGCUGGGUUUGUGUGGUAUACUUGCCAUAAUGUUUCCACUCGAAUCACGCGGAAGAAGAAGCAUCUAA